CCUGAUGCAUCUUCGAACGCUAGAAGCCAGUUCCCACCUCUAGCACCUCGAGGCCAGCAGCCCGUUCCUGCUACUUCUGCUGAUGCAGACAUCGAAUCUGCUGGCGGAAGUACCUCCUCAACGCGGCCAAGACUCUCCCACCGCUCGAGGGCCGGCUGCUGNCCAUGCACCCGCCUGAAUAAAGAAUGCGACUGGGAGUUUCGCUGGAAGUUCGACGAUGUCACUCAAAACACCCAAAACAAGUACUCGAACGUGUCAACAACAGGCAAUGCUGUCUGGGAUCCACGAGCACCUCGUCCAAACUUGAACAGCAGAAGAUCACUGUCGCCAGCUUACGACGACCUUCCCUCCUUUGCUGACUUGACAAACGACGAGGACCGUGAGAGAAAAGCCGAGAGGCAGGUGCCUGGUACUUUCAACGUCGUUGUUAACCCUGAAAGUUUCGCUGGCCUCCCAGAAUACGGACCGAUACCCGGACCACGAGCGCGAGGAUCUAGCCUUCAGUCUGGCCGUAACAGCUGGGACAGUCAAAUGUCGAUAGAAGCUCUACGGACCAGGCCAAAAAUGAACCCUACGAGCGGCGAUCCAAAUGUCGUGGUGCUGGCCAAAUUCGAAGAUGUGCCCUUGUCCUUGCCGAGUCUGGCGAGCUUUCCUGUUGGUAGGAGAACCAGUCUACCCGAAAACUUACACACACUCAACAUAUCUGGAGGAUCGCGAGGUUCUAGUGUGCCCUCUGGACGGCGCAAUGAUUCGGUCACUCAGGGGCUCCGAGACGAGAGGCUCAUGGUCCAUUAUCGAGGCUUCAUCUCGAAGCGCAUAUUUCCUAUAGGCAAGAGCUUGCUUGUCGACAGACCAUCGCAGGAUGACCAAAUCGUUGCUGAAGCUAGAGACUUCCCACCUGGUCAGCAACAACUCUUGACAGAAGCCUUCCAGCACUACCAUCAAGCUAUAUCCUCCAGUCUCUCCUCACCAUCAGAUUUGCACUCCGACCGACUUCUAUACUUACAUUUUCUCUUACUGGUCUACGACAUUAGCUAUGCGACCCAGGGCUCAAACAACACACAAGAGGUCUUCAACAUGAACAUGUGGGAACAUCACAUCCAGCACCUCAUAAGGAUAGCUCAGCACCGCAAAGGACAGUCAAACGGAAUGCUGCAAGCGUAUCUUCUGUGGUAUGUGCUUUACCUCGACAAACAAGCUUGCUUGUCANNGGGAAACGGCAACGGGCACUUCGUUCGUGCCUUCCUCACGAACGAUUUGACAAUGCCCGAUUGGAAUCGCAUCUUUGCUGGCUUUGACAUCGUACAACCGACCGGACGCUACCACGGCGAAGACACGAGCGCUUACACCGACGUGUUUAUUUUCGCACACCAAGUGUGCAUCCAAGGUGCUAAGCUGUGCCAGUUGCAACUCAAGCUGCGCUCUGAAGCUACAGCACAGACUUUGCGUGGCUCUCAAGGCAGCCAGGUACUAGCCGCUUGCACACAGAUGGUUACUCAAUUGCAGAGUGAACUCUAUGCAUCGUGGCACCGCUAUUGCCCUUCCUACCUCUUCCAACCAGGUUCCGAGUACGCAACCGGCCAACUUNNCCCCCUCAUGGCCCGAGUAUUCCUAGACUUUCUACAAUUCAGCACCUGGGUCGUCUACUCAAACAGCUCCCUCUACCCAACUCAACGUUUCCACCUGACCCCCUCGCAACGCUCCGAGACCCGCCUUCACAGCCUCAAGAUCCUCUCCAUCGCCGACGCCGCCGUCGCACUACAGAACUACGAUCAGCAUCAACUCAUUUUCCCAGUGUUCAUUGCAGGCUUUGCGAGCCUGGAUCUGGAUACUCAGACUCGAGCCAUUGAGCUGUUGAAAGUGAUGGAAGGAACAGGCAUCUCAAGAAAUGCGACGAGGAGUAGGGAGUUGUUGAGCAUGGUCUUUGACGAGCAGAGGGCAAGAGUGUUGAAUGGAGGGAGAGCGGAAGAGGUGGAUUGGAUCGAUGUGUCAAGGGUCAAAGGCAUGGGUGUGGUCAACUUUGGGCUC